UCCGGACUCACACUCGGUUUUUCUUAUUGCUCUUUUACUCUUGUUGUUUGGAAGCGAACCCCGGUCUUGAUUUUGCCCUCUGACUUAUAAACCUCCAACAAAAGCUCUUGUAUUCCUCAACCUCUUCCUCCGAUACCAAAAUCACAACUUGAACCCCGCGAACUUGUUUCCCAAAUACAAUGGCCGUCUACCAAGCAACUACUUCUGCGCCGGUGAACAUUGCGUGUAUCAAAUACUGGGGAAAACGCGAUACGACACUGAUUCUGCCCACGAACUCUUCUCUAUCCGUUACCCUAUCCCAAGAUCACCUGCGAUCUACAACGACCUCUCGCGCGGAUCCUGCCUUUACCGAAACGAAACUCUGGUUGAACGGUAAAGAGGAGGACAUAAAAUCUGGAGGACGGUUGGAGAGAUGCUUGAAGGAGCUGAAGAAGAUGAGGAAAGAAAGGAUCGAGGACAAGGAACCUAAUGCGCCAAAGUUAUCUGAAUGGAACAUUCACGUUGCUUCAUACAAUAAUUUCCCUACUGCAGCGGGUCUAGCUUCUUCUGCCUCUGGAUUCGCAGCCCUUACUUCGUCUAUCGCCGCAUUGUACGGCCUCAACACUUUCCCCUCCUCCUCCUCUGCUAAACCCUCUAUCGCCUCCCCAUCUGAACUUUCCCUCGUCGCCCGUCUCGGCUCAGGCUCUGCCUGCCGCUCUCUCUUCGGCGGCUUCGUCGCCUGGGAAGCUGGUUCCCUCCCCUCUGGCACCGACUCUCUCGCAGUCGAAGUCGCUCCCCAGUCCCACUGGCCUACCAUGCACGCGCUCAUUUGUGUCGUCAACGACGCCAAAAAGGGUACAUCAUCCACCAGCGGAAUGCAGCGAACCGUAGAGACUUCUGCCUUACUCCAACAUCGGAUCAAGCAUGUCGUUCCGCAGAGGAUGGAGGCGAUUAUCAAAGCAAUCAAAGAAAAGGAUUUCGAUUCGUUCGCAAAGAUCACGAUGGCUGACUCUAACCAAUUCCAUGCCGUCGCGCUCGACACCGCACCUCCCAUUUUCUACAUGAACGACGUCUCACGUUCCAUCAUUUCCAUCAUCGAGGAACUGAAUCGCGUGUCGCUCGAAAAGACUGGUCACCUCCUCGCAGCGUACACAUUCGACGCUGGACCCAACGCUGUCAUUUAUACCGAAGAAAAGAACGUCAAACAGAUUAUCGAGAUUAUCGUUCGAUACUUCCCUCAAGCAGAAUCGAACCCCUUCCCCGAUCCGUUCAAACUGUUCGGUGGAAAACAACCCGCUGCUGUGCCUCUGCCGGAAGGGUUCAACGAGAAUGUAACCAAGGUCUGGGAGGUGGGGAGUGUGAAGGGGUUGAUCCAUACGAGUAUUGGGGAUGGUCCAAGGGUGCUUGCUGAGGGAGAGACGUUACUUGGAGUGGAUGGCUUACCCAAAACGUUGGCGUGAACAGGGAUUGCUAUGUACAUUUUCUGUCCCGUGUGUGUUGUUUAAAGAUACGACGCUCAUCAUUCCGUAGGGCUCUCGAUCUAGUUAUAAUAUACGCAAAUUUUCAAGUACUUACUUAGAGGACUCAAUCUGAAGCUGCAUUGUGAUUAAUAAUGAAACGGCUGCUCAAGCAUCUCACUUUUGCUUCUGUUCAGUCGCUUAAACACUUUGUGGUAUAUGAAAUUUCAUUGCAAAAUCUCUAC